AUGAUCGGAGUAGGCAAGAUCAAGCAAUACUCUAACGUUCUCGAUAAACCUCUCAGCAAAGGCAAACAAGAGGUGAGUUUGAGUGCUUUUGCAUUUCUGUUUUCGGAGCUUGUUCAGUAUAAUCAAACACAGGUUGAUAACAUUGCUGAAUUAGAGCGAAGGUUAGAGGAUGCUGGAUAUGCUGUUGGGGCUCGAGUUCUGGAACUUCUUUGUCAUAGAGACAAGGGAAACAGAAGGGAAACACGAUUGUUAGGUAUUUUGUCCUUUGUACACAGCACAGUGUGGAAAGUGUUAUUUGGAAAGGUUGCCGACUCCCUUGAGAAAGGCACUGAGCAUGAAGAUGAAUACAUGAUCAGUGAGAAGGAACUCCUUGUCAACAGAUUCAUUUCAAUUCCGAAGGACAUGGGCACAUUUAACUGUGGGGCAUUUGUUGCUGGAAUAGUAAGGGGUGUUUUGGAUAGUGCAGGUUUUCCAGCUGUAGUAACUGCUCAUUUUGUACCUAUGGAGGGCCAGCAACGACCUAGGACAACCAUCUUGAUAAAAUUUGCUGAAGAGGCUGGCGGGUUUAGCUUGUUGUUCAUGGCCCCAAAAGUCUAUGCAAAGGACGGGAAGACUAUUACUUUCACUCAGACCAAACGAGAUGGUGAUGAAGUCUCUACGGCAUUAACAAACAGUAUAGCUUCCGAGACAUUGCAUGGAGUUUCAUCCCCGAAUCUCAACUUGCAUCAUCCUUUUGGCUCCAACGAAUCGGCCACUCCAGCAGCCCCCAUCGCUGCAAUUUGCGACCCACAACCUCCUCUCCAUGUUCAACAGUCUCUCCCCAAGUCAACAAUCACAACUCUAGCGACCUACAAUCUCCAUCACCAGCCUUCUUUACGACUCACAACCUCACACUCUGUCCGACCAUCCUGUCGACCCCAACUUGCUUCUACACAGAUUCUCACCUCCAAUCAACAAUAUCAAGCCAACCACCCUAUUGCUGUAAAUUUCAGCGGCUCCCUCAUCACCCAA